AGUUUAGGAGGUUCAUGGGAAAAAAUAGCAGACAAAAGGCAUGAGAACGUACGUAAAUACGACUGAAUCCUUUCUCAGUAGCUUAAGAGACCUUGGCAGUCUUACCAUAAUGUGGCGUCUUAGGAUCCUCGCUGUUCUCUUAGUUUUCAAAGGUGGGCACUGCCUGAAUGCCAACAGGCACUUGGCUGCCUUUGGACUUCCAGAUACGCCGAUUGACAUCAUCGGAGGAGAAGUAGCUGAGCAUGGAGAAUUUCCUUAUCAAGUCUCUGUUCAACACAAGGGAAUCUUCGGGCAGAUCCACGUUUGUGGAGGCUCCAUUCUCAAUGAAAUGUACAUACUGACUUCUGCAAAUUGUAUCGAAAGCCUCCCAACAAACAGCAUGAGAGUUAUUGCUGGAAUGACUUCGUUGGCAAAAGAUUUGGACACGAAGCAAGAGAGAACAGCAAGCAUCAAAGUCAUCCACGAGAACUAUAGCUCUGUGACCAGAGAUAAUGAUAUCGCUUUGGUAAAGCUAGAAGAAGGACUAACCCUAAACGACCUUGUCCAGCCAAUAGAGAUUCCCACAGAAGGAGUGCUAGAUGGAUCAAUAUGUAUCAUGACAGGAUGGGGUGCAACCACAGAGACUGGCGACAAAGUAGACGAUUUACACAAGGUCAAAAUACCCGUAGUCGACUCGGUCCUGUGCAGAACGUUCUAUGGUGAAAGUGCCAUAAGUGACGGCAUGGUAUGCGCAGGGAAAAUCACAGGGGGCAGUGGUUCGUGCGAGGGCGACAAAGGAGGCCCUCUGCAGUGUGAGGGAGUUCUACAGGGGAUAUACUCUUGGGGCAAAGGCUGUGCUGAGCCAGCUUCCCCGGGUGUUUAUACUAAAGUGAUUCAUUAUAAGGAAUGGAUUGAAAACUACAUUUCCAAUCACUAAAGACAAAAUGGCCCAUUUCUCGAGCAAAAAGGUUGGGUAUAAAAUGUUGUGUCCUUUUUUUUAAAUUAGAGUAUUUUUUCAGUCAAUUUCCACUUUUCUAAUGUAAAUUAAAAGCUCAAUAUAUAUAAUCGAUGACUUAAAAA